GUUAAUCAAAAAUCCAUUACCAUGAAUAGACACCUACACUCCCCCACGAUUUUAACGGAAUUUGCCCGCACGUUCGAGGAAGAACAGGAAACUAUAUUUUCGAAACUAGUAAAUAGGCUUACGAAUAACAGCCGGCCAAACAAUGAGUCGCCACUUCAAGAGGCGGUUUUGCAUGAAGAGCCUUCAGCGGGUGACGGCGAUACGGAGAGCAGAGAUGUACGGGAAGCAGCAGCCGAUGUUCGUCAAUCCAAUGCACAGGCGAGCGGAAACAUCACUAUCAGCAGUUCAUAUACGGAACCCAAGCAUGCAGUACCAAUGGUUGAAGCUGUCCCCGGUGAAAGGAGCACCACUAGUGUACUUCGUCGGUUAAGCAGUCUGAUAUCGCAGAAACCAAGUACGAAAAGAAGCUACAAGAAUACAAAUCUCCAAAAAUUCUGGAUGCCUGAUUCUACCUCCAUUGAGUGCUACGAUUGUUCGGUAAAAUUUUCCACCUUCCGCCGGAAGCAUCACUGUCGCUUGUGUGGUCAAAUUUUCUGUACCAAAUGUUGCAAUCAGGUGGUAACGGGAAAGAUUAUCAACUGCUCCGAUGAUUUGCGCGUGUGCAAUUAUUGUUCGAAAGUGGUCUUAACGUAUCUUAAAUCGUCUAGUAUAGCGGCUGAUUUAAAACCGGACCUUAAAGCACUGCAAGAUGAUCUGGACCAAAAGCUUUCAACGUUGCAACCAGUGGCAGGCGGUGGAACGGAAGCUAACAGCAUAGCCUCGACAAGUGGAAGAAAUCGGAGAAAAAUAUCCGUCGGUUAUCAGGAGGAACGGUUUGCGGCUAGUGCGGGAUCAGGCAUUUCCUCGGCCGAUCGUAAAUCUAUUCUACAGCAGUCCAACUCCCUGAAGACUUUGUACGAUGAAAUGUGUCGCUCGUUGCCGUUGUACAAUCGAGGCCAUGAGCUGAUCGAUUUUCUGUUUAGCAGACAAAAAUCAUCGAACAAUAUGCAAGCGAUCGCUAUACUGAAUGCGAUGAUCGAUGCUGGAUUUUUGAUAGCGAUAUGUGAGCUGAAGAAGGAGAACGUCGUUGAGGAAGAUACCAACAUUGCGUACGAGAAAGUCUUAUUACAACAAAAACAACAGCAGCAAUUGCAACGAGAGGAGGGCAGUGGUGGAUCGCUAGAGGAUGAGGAAGAGAGCACAACAAUCACGAUCGAGUUUAACGAAGAAACGGUGUACAAAUUGGCUGUACUACAGGAUCGUCAGGGCAGUGCACCUGGAGGAGGGGGAGGAGUAGGAGAAGGUGCCUAUCAUUUAGAGCUGAACUUUAAGUCGAGUUCUGUGCUAAUGCGUUCUGGAAAUGAGGAUCAAUCGUCAGGCGAUAGUGAGGACGGUGCUGGCAGCGGGAUAGGAGGCAGCACUACGUUGAGCAGCAUAAUGCUGAAGGAUUCCAUAAUGGACAGUUCGUAUUUAAUUUCUACCGGCGCAAAAGCAUUACUGAAAGCAUUCUGCGAACACGAAGAACUGCUCGUGAAUCAAUUGCUGCGCGCACAAAACCUAGACCCAUCGUGGAGCAAAACGCUCAUCCCGAUAGUGGCUCGUGUGGCAAAUACUAUGCGUCUGGAUGAGGCUUACGGGACGGACGCUAUGGACAUCCGGAACUACGUUUACUUUAAGAAGGUUCCCGGUGGAGAUCGGAGUGAAUCGCAGAUACUGGGUGGAGUAGUUUUCUCGAAGAAUGUUGCCCACAAGGAGAUGUCGCAAAAGGUGGACAAACCAAAGAUCUUGCUGCUACAGUGUGCGAUUGCAUACCAGCGCGUGGAAGGAAAGUUUGUCAGCUUUGAUACGCUGAUGCUGCAAGAACGAGACUAUCUGCGCAACAAAGUUUCGAAAAUCAUUAGCCUUGGCCCGAAUAUUGUUCUUGUGCAUAAGAAUGUGGCAGGCAUUGCUCAGGAUAUGCUGCGAAACAAUGGUAUAACGUUGGUGCUGGAUGUAAAAUUAUGCGUACUGGAACGUAUUGCACGAUUUCUAGAUUGUGAUAUUAUAAGCUGCAUCGAUUCGAAUGUUGGACAGCCGAAGCUGGGUGUUUGCGAUCGGUUCCGGAUUCAAACUUUUUACGACGAUCAAGGAUCUUCCAAAACAUUGAUGUGUUUAGAAAAGCAGCACAGUCCACGAGGAUGUUGCAUUCUUCUUCGGGGCGCCAAACGAAGUGAACUGGCAAAAAUAAAAAAGAUUGCAUCUCUGCUACUUCUAGCACGCCACAACUGGCGCUUUGAAUUAUCUUAUCUGUGCGACGUAUAUGCAAUGCCUCCGACGCCAAGGACAAGCAUAUUCGAUUCGAAAGAAUCAACCCCUUUGGAUCCUCUACCACAAACGCAAUCGACCAAAAGUUUGGAAGAUGCUUUACAAAUGCCGAAGGAAAAUCAGAUACCAUCAUACACUGAUAAAACGGUUCAAAAAGAGCCAAUAACUAAAAUCGUGCGUAUGACGACAGAGAAUGCAGCGAAUCGUGAAAACGUUGGAGACUGGACGGAUCCUUUGCGCUCGGGCGCGUUCGGACCAUCGGAGGACGGAGGUGGUGGGUCGUAUGGCGAUGAAGACGAUACAUCGUUCGAGCUAGCAGCAGAAACACCACAUGAUAACAGAUUUCGAUCGGCACUCAGCUCGACCAUUCUUUCUAUCAGUCCGUUCGUCGCGUUUCCACUGCCAUACCUGGAAACAGAUAGUGGUCGCAAGUGUGCUCUUCGUUGUCAUUUUCCCGAAGAGCUUUACUUUUCGAAACAAUGGAGCAACGAAGGAACAUUAGGUACGAUGGGCGAAAAACCUGGUGCAACAUUGAACGAUAAUGGUGCCGGUGCAGGAAUCAACGCGCCAAUGGAAGAGGAAGAAAAACAACUGCUACCGGUGCAUCCGUUUGUGACGCAUAAAAUAACAACCUCGGUGGAUAGUAAGGAAAUGCAAACGAUUCUCGCCAGCUUCCGUGCUUGUGGUGGUCGUUAUCCGAAAGUUUCCAUGAUGAAGAAAACAUCAUCUCGCAAACGUCGCCUUACCACGAUCGCUCAACGCUCACUGGAAGAAUUCGUGUAUCGUGAUGCAUUGGACAUCGAAAAUCACCAACGUUUGCCGGUGUUGUUUUGUAGCUUCAAUUACAAUGAAAACGUUCCUUCCACGUUCUGUGCGCAACCUUCUUAUCUGGAUAUGCAAUUCUAUGGGCAAAACGACAUUAUGCUUGGACUCUUCCUGGAGCACUACUGCUUCCGUAGCUCGUACAUUUGUAAAUCGUGCAAUCUUCCCAUGAUGGAUCAUGUACGACGUUACGUUCACUCGGGUGGCUGUAUACAAGUAAAGUUGGUAGAGGACUUGACCAAGAUGGAUACCGGUACGAUACUGAUAUCUUCCAAGUGUACAAUCUGUAAUGAAUACUCAAAACCUGCACCAAUGUCUCAGGACACAUGGUGUUAUUCGUUUGCAAAAUUCCUCGAACUUCGCUUUCACGGUCAUGCCUAUAAGAAACGAAAUUGUGAAGCAAUCACGGAUGACUCGGACAGAAGCGAAGCAGGAGGAAUGGUGUGCCGGCACUCGUUACAUCGUGACUUUGAGCAAAACUUCUCCUACAAAGGCAUCGUGGCAUCGUUCCGCUACACGGCGGUCGAUGUGUGGGAAAUAGUGUUGCCGGCGAUGUCUAUCUCGAUGGUGAUACCGGCCGUUGGUGUUAAUCAUCGCACCAUCACCGAUCAGCGGACGGAAGAAAUGAAAGCGCUCGCGAUAAUGGGAUAUGAUGUGUUUGUGAAGAUUUUGGAAAAACUUGCCGAACUAUCGGUUGACACGGAUACGUUCGCCAAGUUGAAAAAGAAAGCCAAUCAGGAUCAGGUCGCUUUCAAGCAGCGUAUUGAAAAAGUGCAGAAGCUGCUAACGGAGGAUGUGCUAUCGGUGGAGCUAAUAGACGAUGCAAUCGUGACGUUGAAACAUACACUAGCAGAAGCAAUAGAGGAGUGGGAACCGAAGUUGCAUGAUAUAAUAACCCAGACAAAGAGUGCUCAAACUUCAAAGCCAAUGCCGGGAGCGGAUAGUAGCAGCAACAACUCUGGAGCUAUGAUCGACAGUGGAAUGAUCGCUACCGAGGAAUUGGACCUAUCUCGUUCCAACGAUCAGCAGCCAGGCGUAGAAUCUUCCAUAGAACCAGCAGAGAUGGAACCAAUUGAAAGUUCUUUGUCUGCCGUGAGUGGUAAACUCGAUUCAGAGUCGAUUACUGCUGAUUCAGAGGAAGAAAAAGUACUCUCCAACGCUAGCGAAGAAAAACAACCGCUGAGAGAGAGCUUAAAUGAGAAGAAAACAGUUAAAACCAUAUUGAGCCAGUUGCUCUCGACGAACGAUUAUUCGCACAUUUUAAGCUCUCCACUGCCUGCCCACGAACAUCACUGCUUGAAGGCUGGUCUGUUUCCUAUCGUUGUGAGUGAGCAUGAUUUGGGUUCUUGCAUUGCUUACAGUUUAAUGUCCCAGGAGUAUCGCAAAAUGCUGGACAGCAUGCACGGUGGAGGAAGUGGUGGAAUUAUUACAAUAGGAGCUGCCGAAAACAGUCCAAAUAUGAAGCGUAAAUCAACUUCCGUGAGCUCAGCUACGGAAGCAGAUGACUCACCCAAUAUAACUCAUGCAAAAAGUGAGCAAGAUAAGAAGCAUAAAAAUGCUGCCCACAGUGAAAUUCAUUUUCAGGAUGCCAACUGCAAUUUUGUUUGCCGAAUCUACUUUGCAAAAGAAUUCGAUUUAUUGCGAUGUCAGAUUCUGAAACAUCCUCCAGCGGCAGGGACGGCACAUCGUGUAUCGUGUGGAAACACAGGGAGCGCAGGUACCACUAUGGGCCCACUACCCGGUAGUGGUGGAAAUGGAUGUAAUGUCGCUGGAUCGGAAGCAAUCGAAACUUCCCAGGAAGCAAUGGAAAUCGUGCGCAAAAUGUUUGCACGAUCGCUAAGCAAAAGCGUCCGCUGGGAAGCACGUGGUGGAAAGAGUGGCUCAAAGUUUAGCAAAACAGUCGAUGAUCGAUUCGUGCUGAAAGAGAUGUCACGCACGGAUUUAACAAUAUUUGAAAAUUUCGCCCCGAAUUACUUCGAGUACUUACAGCGAUGCAUGAGGUUAAAGCAUAUAACGCUGCUAGCGAAAAUAUUCGGUGUCUUCAAAAUUACCAUCAAACGGAAAGACAACACGACCGUUGAGAACGCCGUUCUGGUUAUGGAGAAUCUAUUCUGUGGAAAGGAUAUUAACGAAAAGUAUGACUUGAAAGGAUCGGACCGUAAUCGUCUCGUAGAUCCUAACCGGCAAACUGGAACAGAACGCGUGUUAAUGGAUGAAAAUUUCAUUCAAAUGUCCUGGAACAAUCCGCUGUACAUUCUGUCCCAUAGCAAGACAGUGCUGAAGGAAGCAAUUACUCGGGACGCCUGUUUUUUGGAGCGCAACGAAGUGAUGGACUACUCGUUAUUGGUCGGAUUGGAAAGUUCGGAAAAGAAUCUCGUAAUAGGGAUAAUCGAUUACAUUCGCACGUAUACCUUGGACAAAAAAUUUGAAUCAAUGAUCAAGCAGUCUGGACUUAUGGGCGGACACGGAAAACUACCUACCGUGGUUUCACCGAAGAUGUACAAAAAUCGGUUCAUUGUGGCGAUGGAAAGAUACUUCUUAUGCGUGCCGGACCGUUGGGAAGGAUUGGGAAAGAAAUAAAUGUAAGUUUGUACAUCUAAAACAAAA